CACGAUAAACCGAGACUCAGAAGAUCACAUCUCCCCUCUCGGCUCUCGCUUUCUUCCCAUUACACAAGAGCCCAUAUAUAAAAUACACACACAGUUGCAUAAAAUCACACACACAUACAGAUCUAUAAGAUCUAAUUCAUUCACAUUCUAACGAACCUAUACACACAGAUCUCGCUGUAUCUAUAUCCAUGGCUCAGUUCGUGAAGAAAGACGAUGAUCUCGACGGCGAAGCAGAGUAUUCCCCAUUUCUUGGAAUCGAGAAGGGAGCAGUUCUUCAAGAAGCCAGAGUUUUUAACGACCCUCAGCUGGAUCCCAGAAGAUGUUCACAGGUCAUCACGAAGCUGCUGUAUCUUCUGAAUCAGGGGGAGUCAUUUACGAAGUUUGAAGCAACAGACGUAUUCUUCGCUGUCACAAAACUUUUUCAGUCAAGAGAUCUUGGUCUGAGGAGGAUGGUUUAUCUGAUAAUUAAAGAGCUCUCUCCAUCUUCUGAUGAGGUUAUCAUUGUCACAAGCUCCCUAAUGAAGGACAUGAAUAGCAAGACUGAUAUGUACCGGGCAAAUGCUAUCCGUGUUCUUUGCCGUAUAGUAGAUGGCACACUUCUGACACAAAUUGAGAGAUACUUGAAGCAAGCUAUCGUUGACAAAAACCCUGUAGUUGCAAGUGCAGCCCUUGUUAGUGGAAUUCAUUUGUUGCAGACAAACCCAGAAAUUGUGAAGAGGUGGAGUAACGAAGUACAGGAAGCUGUUCAAUCAAGGGCAGCACUUGUACAGUUUCACGCGCUUGCUCUGCUUCAUCAGGUUCGACAAAAUGACCGGCUGGCUGUUAGUAAGCUAGUAACAAGCUUGACCAAGGGAACUGUUCGCUCCCCCUUAGCACAAUGUUUACUGAUUCGCUAUACUAGUCAGGUUAUCAGAGAGUCGGGUAUGAACCAAGCUGGAGACAGGCCUUUUUAUGACUACCUUGAAAGCUGUCUCCGUCACAAAGCAGAAAUGGUUAUCUUUGAAGCAGCUAGGGCGAUUACUGAGUUGAGUGGUGUGACUAGUCGCGAACUGACUCCUGCAAUUACUGUUCUGCAACUCUUCCUAACUUCUUCUAAGCCAGUACUUAGAUUUGCUGCUGUUCGUACUUUAAAUAAGGUGGCUAUGACCCAUCCAUUGGCUGUAACCAAUUGCAAUAUAGAUAUGGAAAGCUUAAUUUCAGACCAGAAUAGAAGCAUAGCCACCCUUGCCAUAACCACACUACUGAAAACAGGCAAUGAAUCAAGCGUUGAUCGUUUGAUGAAACAAAUAACCAAUUUCAUGUCCGACAUUGCUGAUGAGUUCAAAAUCGUAGUGGUGGAAGCCAUCAGAUCAUUGUGUUUAAAGUUCCCCCUUAAGUACAAAUCUCUGAUGAAUUUCUUAAGCAAUAUACUAAGGGAGGAAGGUGGUUUUGAGUACAAAAAGGCAAUCGUUGAUUCAAUUGUGAUCUUCAUAAGAGAGAUCCCAGAUGCAAAAGAGAGUGGGUUGCUUCAUCUAUGUGAAUUUAUCGAGGAUUGUGAAUUCACUUAUCUUUCUACCCAGAUACUACAUUUUCUUGGUAUUGAAGGACCAAAAACUUCUGACCCUAGCAAAUACAUAAGGUAUAUCUAUAAUAGAGUUAUACUUGAGAAUGCAACUGUCCGCGCCAGUGCUGUGAGCACAUUAGCAAAGUUUGGUGCUAUGGUUGAUCCAUUGAAGCCCCGCAUAUUUAUUCUGCUAAGACGUUGUCUCUUUGACAGCGAUGAUGAGGUUCGUGACAGGGCUACACUAUAUUUAAAUACACUUGGUGGUGAUGGUUCAGUUGUUGAAACUGAUAAAGAUGUGAAGGAAUUUCUCUUUGGGUCACUUGAUGUCCCACUGGUUAACCUGGAGACAAGUUUAAAGAACUAUGAGCCCUCUGAGGAACCUUUUGAUAUUUAUUCUGUGCCCAAGGAAGUCAAAUCUCAGCAACAUGUAGAGAAGAAAUCACAGACUAAAAAGCCUUCAGGUUUAGGUGCUCCGCUACCUGCUCCUACAUCUACCACGGACGCCUAUGAAAAACUCUUAUCAUCUAUCCCAGAAUUUUCCAAUUUUGGGAAGCUUUUCAAGUCCUCGACGCCAGUGGAGCUCACAGAGGCUGAAACAGAGUAUGCAGUCAAUGCCGUCAAACACAUUUUUGAUGGGCAUGUGGUGUUUCAAUAUAACUGCACCAAUACAAUUCCUGAACAACUGUUAGAAAACGUUUCUGUUAUUGUGGAUGCUUCUGAAGCUGAGGAAUUUUCAGAAGUAGCAAUCAAGCCUAUACGUUCUCUUCCAUAUGAUUCACCUGGACAGACAUUUGUGGCUUUUGAGAAGCCAGUAGGCGUCACUUCAUUUGGAAGAUUCUCAAAUACUCUGAAAUUUAUUGUUAAAGAGGUUGAUACUUCUUCUGGCGAGGCUGAGGAUGAUGGGGUGGAAGACGAAUACCAGUUGGAGGAUCUUGAGGUAGUUGCAGCUGAUUACAUUUUGAAGGUGGGGGUCUCCAAUUUUAAGAAUGCCUGGGAAAGUUUGGACCCAGAUUGUGAGCGUGUAGAUGAGUAUGGGCUUGGACCAAGGGAAACCUUGGCGGAAGCCAUCACUGUUGUGACCAACCUUCUUGGCAUGCAGCCUUGCGAGGGAACAGAGGUUGUCCCCAAAAAUGCUAGAUCACACACAUGUUUGUUGUCUGGUAUAUACAUUGGCAACUUCAAGGUGCUUGUCAGGGUAUCAUUUGGUUUCGAUGGACCAAAGGAGGUGGCAAUGAAGCUUGCCGUCAGAUCUGAUGAUAUAUCUGUCAGUGAAGCUAUUCAUGAAAUUGUGGCAAGUGGCUAGCUGGUUUAUGGUUGAUUUUUUUUUUCUUAAGUAAAUGAGAUCUAAAAUUUAAGGCUCUCGAACAUACCUUUAUUAUGUGCGAUAGCAGUCAAUUUUUUGAUUGAAGAUUGUACUUGCCAAAAUGUCAUAGGUUUUGUUUUUGUAUGUAGAUUAUAAAGAAAGAAUUAGCUUUUUAUAUGUCAAGUUCUGUGAAUUACUUUCAACAAGUUUUGUGAAUUGAUUUCAAAAUUUUGAUCAUGUAAGUUGAAUUUGUAUUCGUAUUCGGUAUAGCUUUUCCCGUGAA